CUGAGGCAAGCAGUACCUCUUCGGACGUCUUUCGCUCUCAGCUUCCCAAUAGCAGAGGCGGAUGAAACCAUAUCUUGAAACAAGCCUUGGAUGACAGUCUCGUGUUGUGAGUGGAAGGCUGCGAGUCCCUCACCGUGCCCUUUCCUUACCCCGGCGGCCUCUGCCUCGGCCUCCAGCGUUGUGCGAAUGGAGACGGAUCAGGGGGAGGGACUGGUGGGACGGCGAGUGAGGAAAGUCUUCGACGACCACGGUGCGUACUGUGGAACCGUGGUAGCCUAUGAUCGCAAGUAUGGGUAUUUCAGAGUACGUUAUGACGAUGGGGAUGAAGAGGAUUUGGAUUCUGCGGAGUUGGAGUCGAUCAUAUGCAAGAAAAGGGGAAGACCUCGCAAGUCGGAUGCGCGUAGCAGUGUGGGAGAGGAAGAAACAAAAUCGGGGUCGGCCGGAACUGGGGUGAUGGGAAAACUGAUGUCGAUGGCAUCGCCGAGAGCGAAGAGGGGGAGAGAGAGAAAGCGCGUCGAUGGGUUGAAGGGCGGGCUUCCGAGAGGCGGAUGCGAGAUUGGGGAAAUUGUGGGAACGAGUGACAGCGACUCCGAAGAGGGAAAACACCGAAGGCGUCCAAGAGUGUCCGGAUCAGACGGACGACAAAGGGGGAGCCGUGCUGCCGCCGAUUCGAUCGGAGGGCAGGGUGGCGAUGGUAGGGACGGCGCCGGGAAGGCGGCAGAUACGAAUGGGCGAUGUACCAUGUUGACGAAGGCAAGUUUGUCGAGGGCGACCAAGGUUGGAAUGGAGAUGACAGGAAGGAAACGAGAGGAGGGGGAGGGAAAGGAGAAGGGACGCGACGAGAAGCAGAAGGGAGGGGACGGGGCGAAGCAAACGGGGGGAGAGAGGUUGAAGGAAAAGGAACUCACAAUUGACACGAAAGCAAUAGUAGAGGGCGAAAGGAAGGCCAUGAAGGACACGGAAGGAAAAGUAGAGGGUCGCAAGAAGGAGACGGAAGGAAAAGUAGAGGGUCGCAAGAAGGAGACGGAAGUGAAGCGGGAGGGGAUGCAGACGAAGGAGACAGUAGGGGGAGAAGAAGGGGAAGAAAAGGGAACGAAGGACGCUCAGGAGGUGUCAGAUGGCGGGCCGAAGGGGAAGAGAGAUGGCGGCGAGAUAAAGAAUAGCAUGGAGGAGAAGAAAGGAGAAGGGGCGGCGGAAGUACAGCGCAUCGUUCCGAGGGGGCGCGGCGCAGAUGCGCAAGGAGAGAGAACGGUAGAACGUCGCCGCUCACGGCGGUUAGAGCUCGUCGCGUACAAUGGACAGAAGGGCGACCCGGUUCGCGGGGUGGAGAAGAGAGGGGGGAAGGAGAAAUCGAAAUCGUCGCAGCGAGCCUACGGCCCGAAGAGGUUGAAUGGGGAGAUAUUGACACCGUCGGCGGCGGGAAGAGGGGGACAGAGCGCGGCAGGAAGCACUAUUUGUAUGCCUAUCAUUAUUCUUCCGGACAGUCCAUCGCCGGAAAGGAAAAUCACGAAGGGAGGAGGAAGUAGCGACGGCCGCGACAGAAGAGAAGGCGGUUUGGGCAUCAGAAGCGUGCGGUGGGCGAUGAAUGUCUCUGCGUCGCCUGCGUCUCAAAAGAACAGAGGCGAUAAUGGCGCGACGCCGCGAAGAGAAGUGGAGAUAGUGAUCCUUCCGGACAGCCCGCUCAAGGAGAACACAAUGUCGACGAGUGGUGGUGAUGUUACAGCAGAGGGGCGGAAAGAGACAAAGCCGUCUGCUGAGGCCUGCGGCGCGGGUACAGUGAACGUGUGCGCGUCUUCCCCGGAAGGGGAUGUUGGAUGCGAUUCGAAGCGUGCCCAGGAGGCCUUGCGAAGGGACGACUGUUCGCUUACCGCGAGGGUGGCCGAUGAGGAGGGAGGGGAAGGGGAAGAAGCUACUAUCGCCGUCUCUGAUAUGAGAGUGGACGGCGAAACGACGUCCGACGAGGAAAGGAGGGUGGGCGGAAUUCCUCUUCCUACCACGGCAGCAGCCGGUUUGGUAUGUGAUGACGGUAUUCGUUCUUGUAUAUCAGGUGGGCGAGAGGAGCGGAUUGAUGAAGGGAGCUGUGUGGAAAAGUGUGCGGAGGUCCCGGCGCUGUCGGCACUGCCGGAGAGAAGUUGUACCAAGGAACAGGGGGAGUAUAGUGCUGAAAGGACGGGUGGAGGCGAUGGCGGCUGUAACGAGCGAAACUUGGAACCCGUGGCUAGCAAGGCCGCCUCCACGGUGCUCUCGUCGGGGAAUGAAAAUGAGCCUUCCUUAAGAGAAGCAGCAGAGGGAUUGUGCGUACAGGGAGAGGGCAGGGGGGAGUGGAGACAACCGCCUUCGGAUAGCGAGGGCCCUGGUCGUGGAGAAGAAGCUCCGUCCACGGGAAAGGAAAUGUCGGAGCCAGGCUUGCGAUCGUCGACGGCUGUGACUGAGGCAGCGGGGCAGGUGGGUACGGCGCCGGCGGAUGACACUAAAGGUUCCCCAAGCCAUUACGGUGAUGAUGUUGCAAUGGCCACGAGGUCUUCAGCACGGAGGAGUGGAGAGGAGGCGCGGAACGAGAGAGAAGAGAGAUGUCGUCAAGACGUCGCGUCCGGGGCGGGGAUAGCCAAGGGGAAGAAAGUGGGGACGGGUGUAGGUUUUGAAGGGAGGGAUGGUGAGGGGGCGGCAAAGGGAUUUUUAUCGACGCCGCCUCAAGUCAUCGCGCGCUUGACGCCACAGGAGACAGGAUCUCCUUCUGUGCCCGAAAAGCAUGCGGAAGGCGGGGCGGCGCCAGUCAAUGCGGCGAAACCGUUGACAGUCAUCAGAACAAGAAGGGACGCGGAGAUGGCCUCCGCAAAGGCGGGGAGCGGAGGAGCUGGAGAGAAUGGAGAGGGAGGAAGAGACGAAUGCGGGUUAAUUACGUCGAGGGAACUGCGAGGCAGUAGCAGUGGCAGGAGGAAGGAGCUGAAACACAGGACCGGUCCUUCUGGCAUCAAGAGACGUCGAGGUUGCAAUGGGGAGAAGAAGGCGGAAUCAUCUACAUCGCAGCUCGUGAUCUGCCUCGCCGCCACGUCGUGGCAGCAGGGCGUGAAUGUCAAGACAGCUGAAAAUGCUGGCCUCCUAGAAGCGAUGGGCUCUCCUUCCUCCUCCGCGAACCCGGUCUCGCCGCCUGCUAGCUCGGCGAAAGAAGGAACGAGGAUCAGUCGCCUGGUCGCGGCAUCGGCAGAAGCAGUCGCGGACGGGGGAAAAAGAGCGUUAGGAGGAGGGGGAGGAACCGGUGGGGGAGAAUCGGAGGGAGAGAGUGACCAGGAUCAAGUGCGACGCGCUAUGGAGAACGACUGUGCCAGCUGCUCGUUGCCGCUUGUAGGGCGAGAGGAGCAAGAGAGACUACUGGGAGCGGGGGCACAGGAGGUGAUGGUGGUGGUUCGAGGGAAGGGAGAGUUACUGACAGUGUUUGGCGAAGAGGAGGAGCGUGCGGCCCAGCAGCAGCUGAACGCCAGACGAGUAGGUCGUCUGGCGAAAGGCGAUAACCGUGCUGAGUUAGUAGAGAGGAGUGCGCCCUCUACCCCCGCGGAAGGUUCGGCGCAACAACGGCAGCCGGUUAAGUCAGAGGGGAUGGUAGACAAGGGGGAGAGCGGCGAAGGGGGCGAUGAGAGGGCUGCUGUGGUUGCAACCCAGUGCGCGUCGUUGGCUGGGAUGCGGGAGACGAGAGCGCAAGCCAAGGAGAGAGAAAAGGCGCGAGAGGUGGGGAAGGUGCUUUCCCCGCCGAGGUCGUCUAGCAGCAAGCGAGUUAGGGCGCCUGUAGAGUUGGCUGAGGCAGUACGCCAAGCAAGGGGGGCGGGGGAGGGUGGCGGAGAGGAGGCUGUUGAGCCGGCGGCGAAACGGUCGCGCGUCUCCUUUCGCACCGAUGGCAUGCUGUCGUCAGACGACGCGGUGUCGCUGAGGCCUCAUCGCGCAACGUCGGGGAGGAGGGAGGAGGUGAGAGCGAAAUUGAAGAACAAGCUCGGGAAAGGAGGGGGGAACGAUGGCCAAAAGGGAUCACAAGAGCAGGAGAAGGCUGGUGUGGACGACGGCGAUGAGGAUGGCGAGGAAGAAGACGACGACGACGAGGACUAUGACGUGUGCGCUGAACGGCGCGGGCCAUCACGGGGGGAAGACGCGAAGGAGGGACGCCUUCGAAGAAGAGUGAUUUCGUCGACACCUACGAGGGGAGAGGGAGAGAGCGAAGGUGAAGACGGGGUUCCGAGAGAGGCACCAGAUGCGAGGGGCGGGAACGACGAGCCUCCGCCCCGUCUUCUUCUGCCGCCGUUGCCCCCUUGCAAACCCCUCCCGCAGUCGUCUUUGGAUUUGCCUGUGCCGGCGAAUUGCGUCAGCGAGUUGAUGGGUGUUUACGCCAUGCUCAGGACCUUCAGUCUUCGCUUGUUCCUCAGCCCUUUUACCUUCGAGACGUUCUGCGGCGCAUUGACCUGCAAGAAAGUCAACUCCUUGGUCGACGGAAUCCACCUGGCGUUGUUGAAGGUGCUUCACCAGCGAUUCUUGCAAGCGGCGGAAGAUGUCAGAGGGAAGAAAUGGCCAUGCGUAAGGCAAAUGAAGUGGUCGCUGCUGGAUGAGGUGACAUGGCCAGAGUACUUGCUAUUUUACCUGGUGGCAAGGAAUUUCGGGAAGGAGAGAGGGCUUGAUCUUGUGCGCUCAGGUCUUCUAAAGUCGGAGUAUUACGUGCUGCCUCUGGAGGUUAAGUUGGCAAUGCUGUCCUUCCUGUGUGAUGAUGCUUUGGAGACGUGUGAUGUAAGGGCUGAAAUUCUCGUCAGAGAGAGUAAUGAAUUGGAGGGUGGCAAACCGAUGCCCAUAUGUAGGAGAGCGGAGAUCGAUCUGAUCAGGCCUUCAACGCCUGUGCCGAAGGCUGAUACUUUGCAAUUGACUGCGGAGAAGCAGAAGAAAAGGAGAGGGAGGCCGCCAAAAGUUAAAGUUGAAGUGUCAGAGAUUUCUGAGCCGCCAGCCGUGCAAAGGGUGGAAGAGUUGGAUGUCGUGAAGGCGGUAGAAGGAGAUGAUGGCAAUGCAGACGAGUGCGUGUUGUGUGGCAUGGAUGGCAACCUGCUGUGCUGCGACGGCUGCCCUGCUGCUUUUCACACACGAUGUGUUGUUGGGAUGGCGAAGAUGACCAUUCCAUCGGGCCCGUGGUUCUGUCCAGAGUGUGUUAUUGCCAGACGGGAGGUUGCUGGGGCAGAUCGGCUUGCAGGACUCAGACUGGAAGCUCUUGGAGCGGAUCUUUGGGGGCGAAUGUUCUGGUUUUCUUGCGGGCGUGUGCUUGUCGUGGAGGAUUCUGCCACUGGCACUGUUCCUCAUUACUAUAGCCCCCCAGACAUGCCCAAGCUUCUGGCUUACUUGGACGAGUGCCCUGGAGGAUGCCAGGGUCUGAGAGAGGCAGUAGCAAAGUGCAUCGAAGCUUGCCAGCCCUGGAUGGAAGCUCGGCGGCGGGAGUGGGAAAUGGAGACAACGAAAGUGCAAGUAGAUAAGAAUGAGAAGGAGAAUGAAAGCGCGGCUGUGGUGAAGACUGAGGAAGCAACCACCGAUCCAGUCGAUCCAUGUGAACUAGCCUGUGGAAAAGAUGUUGCCAAGGUUGAAGGUGUUGGUAGGGUCUCCCCAAAGCCAGAAUCAGUCCCAGCUGUGAAGGGGGAGCAAGACACAGUAAGUGAUGGCGAGGGGAAAUGCAGCAAUGUUCUUUCUUCACAGAGCGUUGAUGCUGGUUUGGCUGUUGGAAAUGGAGGGGACCUCUUAGGCAGAGGCAAACAUGCUGAGGAUCCCCAGGGAAUGGCCCAUGAAAGCGGUAUACUUCUGGAUAAAGCCCUUACGAAUGUAUUCUGUGAAGACAAAGUAGAUAGUGAGGAACUUAUGGGAAGGGAUAAGAAGCAGAGUUUGGAGGGAAGGGGGGAUGACAAAUUGAUAGAGAAGGAUCCAAAGCUGGAGGCAGGGACACUGUCCAUGGAUAUCAUUGGAAAGGAGGUUCCUGUAUCAGGUUGUAAGCUUGAAUGCGCCGGUGGUGCUCCAGCAAGCCUUGCCUUUGUCAAUGAGCAGCAGAGGAGAAAUGGAUUGGAUGGGGGUGAGGUGGUCUUCCCCUUUAUCGAGGCUGGUUCGAUGGAUGGUCUUGGGAAACCUGUGCCUGAGUGUGAUGUCGCAGCUGAAGAAGUAAAAAGUGUAGUGCACUCGGACGAUUGGCAGAGGAGGGAGGUGGAGCCUAGUGCCUCUUUGAGAGAAUCAGAGCAUGGGAGUUUGGGGCAGGAUAUCAAGCCUGCUUCUGUCAGCAAUGCCUGUGUUGAUGAGCUGGAUCAGAGGGAGCCCAAGAGAAGAAGACUGGCAUGCGGUGGGGUUGCUGAAGAGGGAGCUGCUGAUGUCAGACCGUCCACUGAUGAAUCUGCAUCGAUAUGUGAUGUGCUGCCAGCCAAUCCGCCUGAAGCGUUUAAGGAUGGAAGUUCCACAGAUAAACGAAAUGGAAUAGAGUCUGGAGCAUGUGACAAUGCAGGCAUUUCAGCAAGUGGGCCGAGAAGAAACAGUUUAGAAGAGGCCAGGGUGGUUGUAAGCGUUGAGAUCUGCUCUCGUGAAAUUGGGUCAGCAGGUCUCGACUGUGGGACAAGUAUGCUGGAGGAGAGGAGAGCUGUUGUAGAGGGGACAACGAGAGAGCGGGAUAUAGACCAGCAGAGGCUGAGCGUAGAACAGAAAUCCCUAGAGAAUGAUAAGAUGGGAGCUGCAAGUAGUGCGGUUGUUUCUUCAGUUGGUGUUGAACUCAAGGACUGUUGCAAUAGAGUCAAAUUGGCGGAUGACUUACGAGAACAGGGGAGCAACUUAACAUUGUCUGCUGAUGACAACCAAAAGAUGGCCGAGGAGAUUGCUAGAAGAGAAGUGGAGGAAACUGCGGGAGGAGAUGAGCACGGAACUGUUGCGAGGACAGCCAACAGGUGUGGUCCACUGUCGGUUGAUGACAAAGAGAAGAUGAUGGUGGGGAAUGGUAGAAGAGAUGUGGAGGAAACUGCUAGACGAGACGAGGAAGAAACUGGCAGGAAUGUCAUCGAGUGCGGUCCAUGUGUGCCUUUGCCUUUGGGCACAAACCUGUGUGAUGCUAAGACUUUAGAUGGGAUGGUUGAUGGAACAGCGGGUCAGGGGUGCUUGGCGAGUAACAAUGCAACUGCAACAGAAGCACUUGAAGCAGAGCAUCUGAAUCGAAUUGGUGGAAAGUGGAAUGAGAUGUUCACCCAUGUCAAUAGAUAUGCUCUUGCAGAACUCUCUGCAACGGCUGCAGCGAAGCUGAUGAGUGUGCCAAAUAGUGGUGGUGCACCAGCGGACUCUGCAGCAAAAAAGAAGAGACGGCGGGCUGAUUUGACAGAGCAGAUGCGUGUUUUCUCUGAGACUCUGGAGAAAUUUCACUGGCCACAGAAGUCGAAGAUCACCACUCCUGACAAAUGUGGAUGGUGCAGUAUGUGCAAGAAUGGUUCUCUGAAAAAGGGGUGUUUGAUGAAUGCGGUUGCAGUGGGCGUAGCCUCUGGCAUGAUGACCGUGCCUGGGAAGGCCAAAUUGUUGAAGAAUGUGGACUUUGUGACUCAUCUUCCAUCAGUGGCUGCAUAUGUUCUGCACUUGGAGGAAAAUCUCCAUGGUUUGGCUGUUGGUAAAUGGGAAGAGCUUGGAUGGCGGAAGAAAUGGCAUCAGAUGGUGGUGCAAGCUACUAAGGCAUUUCAUCUGAAGAAACCACUUUUGGAACUUGAAUCGUCCUUGCGAAAAAUUGCUGUGCUCAGUACCUGGGUAACGGACCCUGAAGAUCUAGAACCUUGCCCUUCGUUGUCAUUGGGAGGGUGUCAAGGUGGUUCUCUGUUGACAAGUGGUGCGACCAAAGGCAAUGCUACAGUUGUCAGGAGGAGGCGGAACGGGAACGGCCGAUUUGCAGCUGCAGCAUCAGCAGCUGAACAGCUUUCUGCUGUACAAUGGUGGAAGGGAUCAAGGACCUUCAGACGUGUGAUGAAUCUGCACAGACUGCCAUCCUCCGCGGCCAAAGCUGCAGCUCGACAAGGUGGGUGGAAGCCAGUGAAGGGGUUAAUUUAUGAUGAUGCAUCUGAACUGACAAUCCGCACCAAGCAGUGUGCAUGGAGAGCAAGGGUGGAGCGUGUGCAUUCAACUGGAGAUCUAGCUUUGCUGGUUCGUGAGAUAGAUGCGCAUAUUCGUUGGGAGUCACUGAAGCCACUUGAUCCCGUUGGCCCAUCGUCUGCAGCAACAGCGAUAAGUGGAGAACUUGCCUCUAUGCUAUUGCUUGGAAAUUCUCAGGCCUCUUUGACAGCCAAGAUCAGUGGCAAGGUAUCCAAUGCAGGAGGUGUGGCUGCGGCCAAUGUGGCAGGCACUCCAGGGUCAUCUCAGGGAAAUGCAGCAGGUGGGACAAUUAUUAUCAAGGCGAAGAGGACUCUACCUGGGGGGGAGGUGCAAUACCUCAUCUGUAGUGGAGUGGCCGGUGCAGAGACACAGAAACCAGCAGACAAGAGCAUCCAGAAAGCGCAUCAUCAUAAGGAAGAGGCGCUGAAGGAUAACGGGGCAGUGGCUAUGCUUCAUGAGGGCAGUGGAUCAUGGGUGAAGGAGAUGGAUGCUCCUCUUUACCUUGUCAAAGGAUUUGAGGAAAAGCUUCGCAGGGACAGGAAUAAAACAGCAAACAACUCACUAGACGUUGCAGUCUUGACGAAUGUAGCUAAGAAGACAUCUGCCCACUGGAUAUGUGGCAUCUGUGCAAAGUUCUGUGAUGGUGGGGCAAAGUUGUCAGCAAAAUGCAAAUCAUGCAAAGAGGUUUUCCAUCGGGAUUGCAUGCAGGUUGUCUCGGCUUGGAUGGAGCGGUCUGGUGUCCAGUAUCUUUGUAAGCAGUGCUAUGGAAAGUCUCCGUCCUGUGGGAAGGAGGGCCAGCGUAUCCGGAAGCCAUCACUGAAAAGGAUGGAGAUGGAGAGCUGGGCAGCUGUACAGGCCUCAAGCGAUGAUGGGAAAAUGGAUGAGAAGGGGGAACUGUCACAGGACCUGGUUGGGGAAGAGCAUCUUGAUUUCAUUAAAGAGGUUGGAAAACAAACCGUGGUGGAGAAUGGGGAGGCACCAAUGAAGGUAGCAAAGAAGAAGAAUAAGGCAAAUGCUCCAAAUAUGGAGAAGAGUGGUGCUGAUGGGAUUGAUGAGUCAAGCAUAAAACCUAAGAGGAAGAAGGUUAGGAAGGUUGCCGUAGCUGGUUCAGCCACAGUUGUCAAUGGAACCGAUGCAGCCAAAUCAGAGCCUCUCUCAGAGUCAGGAGACCCAUUGAAAGGAGGGGAUACAGUAGGAGGUGGCGAUCCUAUGAAGCCAGCAGCAGUUGGAACGAGUAAGAAAAGGAAAAAGGCCAAGGCAAUCCCUUCCUUGGAAAAUCUGGAUGAAACAACUGUAGCUGAAGAAAGUGCUGGUGUAAUUGGAGAACCUGAAGAUGCGCUCAAGACGAAGAACAAGAAGAAGAAGAGGAAGAAGGUGACUUCCGUAACAGAAAAUUGUGAGCAAGUCGUUCUUGGCGGGUUUCCUAUGUUUUCUGGGGAGGGGGGGAUGAUCGUUGCUGCAGAGAAUGGGGUCAUUCCAGUACCACCCAAAAAGGUCAAGAGACCUGUGCAAGGAGCAUUUGGGAAGAAGAAGCAGACGUCGGCAAAUGGUGUGGUGGUUCAGGAAGGUGAGCAGAUUGGCGGUGCUGCUGAAGGGGCAAAAAGGCCAGGUGGGGCGACCACAAGGCAGCCACCUUCAGUUUCCGCAGAGGAGAAGAAGCUUCUGAAAAAGAAGCUCAAGGAAUCAAUGAGCCUUGGUGGACGCGUUUGCUAUGUCUGCUGUCAGCCAUAUGAUCCAGAGAGGCUUUACAUUGGCUGCGACUGGUGUGAAGCAUGGUAUCAUGGGGAAAUUUAUCAGCUGACACCGGAAGCAGCAAUCCAAAUGACUAGUUUUAAGUGCUUUAGGUGUCGGAAGAAAGGACGACCUGUAUGCCCACCAAAAGGAGAUUAUAUGCUGCCAUUCCCAAUGGAGAUUAGGCCAGGUCAUGAUCGGGACAAGAGAAAUGGGGUUGUAUCGAACUUCUCAGAGCUUCCAUAUCCUUCAGAUCUAUUGGAUGCAUCCUUUCCUUUCGCAUCCCUCCCUGGCAUGGGAUACCCCAUGGAAGGAGCUGCUCUGGGAGAUAUGGUGAAUGGUGAUGUCAUGCUUACUGAAGAUAUGGGGUCAGCGUUUUCAGGCAUUUUGGACAUGCCGGAGGAUGUACUGCCGGUAGGUUUGUCUGUGUUUCCAGAGCAAGUAGCUAAUGAAGUGGUGAAACGUGCGGAGGGCGGAGGGCUUACUCUCCAGCCCGCAACAAGAACACCUCUGCCGGUUGCAGCGAUGAGGACACCAUUACCAGUUGUGGUGAAGGCAGGUUCAAGCUCACAGACUGCGCCAAAUGCAAUCCCCCCUGUUAUUGAUGGAUCUGAUGGCGUCAUGACAAACGGCUGUGGCAUGUUGUCAGCACCAGUAGCCACUGCUGCUGGGCUAUCAGACCAUAUUAUAUUUCCAUCCUUGUCAGGAUGUGCGGCCAACCCACCUGAUGUCGAUCUCAGUAAUCUUGUAGAUAAACUGCACCAACAGAGACUAAAUGAGACAGGGGCUCAGCCAAUCUGCAAACGUGAGGACGCAGUAGAACCAUCUGGACAGCUGGCAGGUUUUGGCCCCGAGGCAGACGUUCCUUCUCUAAUAGCAGGGUCGAUCUCUGCAGCGCCUGCAGCUGACGUAUCACAGAUUCCAGAAGCUGCAUCGCAUGGGCUAAGCGAUUGGGCAUGGGGAAGUGAAAGUGCUUGGGGCGAACAUAAUGCUAAGCUACAGAGUACACAAGAGGUUGGAGAGGGGCCUUCAACAGCGCCUUCAAGGGUCUGUCCAAUGGUAGUCAGGGGCGAUGAUGGAUUGCAGCUCUCUCUAGAUGACACCCUACCGCGUGUGAAGGGUGAACUCGAUGAGCCAGAUAGGCUGAUGCAUGGCUGGUUUUCAGAAGUGUUAGGUUCCGGGGAGGGUCUUCCUCUUCCAGCAGGGCAAGAAAAUAUCGGAGUGACGACCACAGGAGGUGGCAGCAUGGUCACACUAGGAAUGGGGUUGGGUAUGAACAUGUGCGCUGGCAACAUCGCAGCAGGGUUGGAAGCUGGACUGGAUGUUGCAGGAGGAUCAAUGUUCAGGAUGGAUGAGCAGGACUUCUUGAAUGCACCGAUUGCGCAGGAGAGUGGUGAUGGCGGUGAAGCAACUGCACACAGAGAAGCAGUGUUCAUCAACCAAGGAAAUGGAGUGCUAACAAGACUGAGCCUUGGUGGUGUGGUGGAAGGUGAACUGCAGGACAUGAACUGCGAUACGAGUUCACUGCCAGUUGGUUUGUCCGGUAAGGGGUCUGGAGGAGACCAUGAGCCCACAAGCUGUGCUGUCAAUGGUGAAACAGAGAAUGGACUGCAGCCAUUUCUGGGCACAUGGUCCCGCCGUCAGCCCCGGCAACCCCGUAGGUCAAGAAAGGCCCAACAGGAUGAAAAUGGCAAGCCUAUCAGCAGUAGCGAAGAAGCGAAUGGAGCAGAGAGAAGGUUAUCAGACGGAGGAUCCCAAUGCAGCAGUUGGAACGGGAGUAAUAGCAAGCCGGCAAAGACCGAUGGAUGCUGUGAAAUUUGUACGCUUGACAGAAAGCCUCUUCUGGUUUGUAGUCUAUGUAGCCUAACUGUUCAUGGACAAUGCUAUGUCUGGGAGGACAAUUUGCAACCUGAAGAUAAUCAUUGGGAGUGCGACACAUGUAGGGACGGCAUACCCCCUGGUCAAGGUACCUGCUUGCUAUGCCCGAAGAUGGGUGGGGCCCUGAAGAGGGAGAUCAACGGUGGAUGGGCACAUGCCGUUUGUGCUCUUUGGAUGCCGGAAACGUUUGCAAAUGCGUUUGGAGUGAUUGAGAACAUUGUGAAUAUUCGGCAGGAACGAUGGAAGAGGGUAUGCGUAGUGUGCAAGGAGGUAUAUGGGGCUUGCAUUCCCUGUGCACACAAGGGUUGUCGAGUUGCGUUUCACCCUUUUUGUGUGCGAGACGCAGGGCUUCCCUUGCUGAUCGAGAGCAGGUCGGAUGACCUCAAUUACACAGCGUACUGUCAAAGACAUGCAGGCACAUUGCUUCCAUAGUCUGAGGGUGCCAUGAUAGGCUGCAGAUCUCAGAGCAAUGGGCGUGGCGAAAUGGACUAUUAUGCUUCCUCUAUCUGCAUCUGGGUCCGCAUGGUAGCGGGUGGGGCACCAGGAUGUCUUCCUUCCACCCCUUUCUUCAACGGUUCAGCCUCCAAGAGUGAGCCUGCGAGAGGAAGCAUUGUCUGCAAGGUGCAUGCGAGCUUCGACAGUUCCAGUGGCUUGUUUGUUGUGAUGCAGGUGACGAGGGAUUGUCAAGCUGCUGGGCGCAAGGCAGAAGGGUGUAUAUACCAUACCACCGGUGGUGUAAUUACAGAGCUCCUCCAAUUCCAGUUCUCUCUCGAGUAAAAAAUUCCUUCAGACAUGUCUUCUGGCUUGGUUGUCAUGACUGUGUUUGGCUGGGAUGACAUCGGGUAUAGGUUUCUUGGUGUGUGAUCGUGUGGCCGGAAACUCUCUUAUUUACGGCAGGAAUAUUUUCUUGCUAUCCAAAGCAACAACACAAUUGUUGGCUCGGUCUUUGCAUCUGGCGGCAGCGGGUUUUGCUUUUCUGAAUCGUCUUUGACAUGGUUCAACGAACUCAGGUCUCUCAUCACCAUCCUGCAGGCAAUGUAUAAUUUUUUUGUCACAGAGGUUUUGUAGUCCGCCUACUCCGGCUAGUAGCAAAGUGGCACCGAGGACAGCAGCGCCGCGGGCACAAAUCGGGGACCUCCCAUUGCAGUUUGACGCGGAGACUGGCGAUGCAAAAAGUGGCUUGGCUUUACGAGGAGGACCAGAUCACUGAGCAGGGCAUUUAGCAAUCAGGUUGUUGCCUGGUCUGUUCUCCUGUUUCUCUCCCUAUUCUUUCCACGACACUUUCUCUCAUUUCGAUUGUCUUCUACAGACUGUGUCGUGGCGCAAGGAAGGGGUCUUAUCUCGUGUUACACCGGUCAAGGAAAGGUCCUUAGGAGCUUGGUAUUCAUCAAAUAAGGAGUGUUGUAACUUGUACGAUAAUUUGUAAUCAUUAA